GAUUAUUUUUCUCCACCGAAUUUUGUUCAAAUUCUAAACUCUAAAGCUCUCUGCCCGACUGGGUGCCGAUUGGCGCUCUAGGAGAAGAGUGUAUGAACCAGAACAAACUAUUUUUAUAGCUCAAAUCCUUGUAUAAUCUCCAAACACAAGUCUCUUCUUUUUCCCACGCCUCUUCUACCUCGAAACUCCCAAAGUUUGGUCAUUUUGGCCAACUUGAUGUUGUUUGCGGUUGCUUAACAUCUAUUGGGUUUCACUAAUUGUUCUAAACUCUUUGCUUUGGUGAUCAUGGAUGUCUUGGAUCCAAUCAUGGGCAUUCUCCCAACACUGUGGAAUGGCACUUCCAAGCGCAUUGAUAUCAUCCGUCAGCUCGACGAGAACUUGAGUUCAUUGCGAGAGGAAAGGUGUAAACUCCAGGACAUCGGCCAAGAUGUCAGAAGCAGGGUCGAGCUUGCAAACCAGCUAUAUUGUAAGCGUACCAACCAAGUUGAAGGCUGGCUGGAACGUGAACGACGCAAAUUAGUGGAAGUGGAUAAUAUGUUGCUGAAAGGAGAGCAAGAGAUCCAAAAGAAAUGUUUGGGAAGUUGCUGUCCCAGGAAUUGCUACUCUAGCUACAAGCUUGGUAAAGAAGUAAUUAAGGGGACUAAAGCUGUGAAUGAUUUAAUAAACGAAGGGAAGGAAUUCAAAUAUUUGGAUGAUGUUUCUGAAAAACUUCCGCCGCCUCCAGUGGAUGAGAUAUCUGUGAAGAAGACUGUGGGCAUGGAGUCCAUAUUGAAUGACGUUUGGAGUUGUCUUGACGACCAUGAAGUGAGUGUGAUCGGCAUAUACGGGAUAGGGGGUGUUGGCAAGACCACCCUUUUAAAGAAACUUAACAAAAAAUUCAUCAAUGAAAGACGAGAAUUUGAUGUGGUGAUUUGGGUUACGGUGUCUAAAGAAGUGAACUUGGAUGGAAUUCAAGAAGUCAUACGGCAUAAAUUACAGAUUCCAUAUGAAACAUGGGAAAAAAAGACAGACGAGCAUAGUAGAGCUACCGAAAUCUGCAGAAGCUUAAGUAGAAAAAAGUUUGUGCUAUUGCUAGACGAUCUGUGGGAGCGAAUAGAUCUGCCAGACAUGGGAGUUCCUGACGUUUCAUGCCAUCAAAAUGGGUCAAAAAUUGUAUUCACAACCCGUUCAGAGCAUGUGUGCCAUAGCAUGGACGCUGCUGUCAAGAAUUCGAAGUGA